GUAGAGGGCGUUGCGUAGCCUGGUGAAGCAAGAGCAACCCCCGGCGGCAGCUUCCCUUCCCCUGACCCGCAUUCACCACCAGUACUGUACAUGAAGGAGGCGGAGGAGGAGGACGGGGGGAGGACCGAGCCAGCACAGAAAGCAAAUAAACGCCGUGGAGUUCUCCGGCAGACCGUGGCUGUGGCUUUGGCAGUCCCUGACAGACACGGCGCUCCCGUCUCCUCGCACCUGUGAGCGGACUGAAAAAAGAGAAGGAGGAGGGGGGGCCACCGCCGGGAGACAGCCGCGAGCUACGCCGUUUAAGAGACGCUUCUUCGCGGGGAUCGCUCCAUGUUUCUGCUCUUGUUUUUCUUCAAGUAUUAGUGCGGCUGUUCGUCGUUUACGGGCUUUAUGACGGUACAGGAGGCGGCUUUGCACCAUAAGCCGAGCAUUGGAUGAGGGCAGCAUCAUCAUCAUCAUCUGCUUCGCUUGUGGACCAGUCGGACGUUGUUGUGUGACUCAUUUUUCUUUAUCCAGAGCUGCAGCUGAAGACAUCCUGUUGGUCGGGAUUUACCAGACUGCUGUGAGAAGUGUACUUCAGUGAGGACGCUCUGCCAUCUGAUGUUUGUGUCAAUGAGGAAGACCGGCCUCCGUCUCCCUCCUCUCACCACCAGCUGAAGAUAGACAGGAAGCAGGGGGCAGAGAGAGGGGGAGUCCGAUGCGGGAUUCGAACCGGGGCCAGCUGCAGUCACACAGAGCAUGCUGUAGUUUGGGUCUUAAUGAACGUCAUGCGUCACAGUGGAGCCCCUGAAGAAACAUCCGUGUGCAUGUUAAGAGGCAGAGCCGGUGGACACUGGGAAACCACCAGCAUUCUUUCAGGAGAUAGAAGAAUAUACUCAACACAGUUUUACCUCCCACCAUCCUGUCCUCCACCUCUGAUCCAAUCAGAGAAACCUCUUCUGCUUUCUACCUCCCAGAGACCCUGAAAAGGAAAAAAAACUAUUUAUUAUCUGUUCUCAGUUUCUUCUCUUCGUGCAACAUUUCUCCAUUUACCUCAGGGAAUUUCUCCCACUGCCUACCUCCUCCACCGAAUUAGCCAACCAAGUGACUGGAACACAGAGCAAAGACACACCUGUGACCUCUCGCUGCUGUUACCGUGACAACCUGUAUUGCCUCUCAAGCUCUCCUCACUGCAACCGUGACGACCAGCAAUGACCUUGGACCUCUUACCAACUGCCAGCUCAGACCCGCUCACUGACUAAAUAGAACGGAUCCACACUCGUAGCCUGGAAUUCGGGGUCCUUAUUACUGGAAGGAAAGGCAACACGUUGCCAGAAAGGUAGCUACACACACUCACAAUAGCCUCACCUUUCUAAACAAUAUACCUGGCAGGGAACUAUAUACCUCAGCAGACAGCUUCUAGAUAGAUACGCAACACAAGGCAACUUUUCAGCAACAACGUUCACUAUCCCGGUGCUUCAGUCCAACCCAGUAGGUUACACAUGCUCACUAGCCCAGUGCUUCAAUCCACCCAGAAGACGACUCACUGCAGCAUCUUCCGUUUGCCUUAGAGGCGGGAGUAUAGCAACAGUAGCCAGGGAGGCCUCCAGAGAAGCAGAGAGAGAGAGAGACGGAGUGAGAGACUCAGAAGUAUAAGCCUGGCAAGCAACUUCAUUUCAUUUGCUUCUCAGCAAAGUCACAUCACAGCCAACUUCACCGUCUAAGCAGUAGCAUUAAGAGACAGUGAUUGCCCAAGAGGCCGUUGGAGAUCGCAGCAGAGACAUAGACGUUCAUCCUGCUUCCUCUUCACAAGUAGAGCUACCCACGGAGCAGGAGAAGUUUCCGGGAACCUCAUCAACUUUUCUCACUCUGGCAGCAAGCCACAAAGAACUUCUGGCUGAUUUAACUCUGUAGAAGAUCCAUAUUGUGUGACGGCAAAGAGAAAAGACGAGAAAGAAAUCAUUGAGAGAAGAAUGCAGCGCUUUCUUUUGCUUUCACUGAUGUCCCGCCCACCGUGCUCUUCCCAGCCAAUCGCCACCCAGAUUCUCAGAUGGCUGUCUAUUGAAGGGGCUGCCGGCGAAUGCUAAGCAGGCUGGCGAGGUCGAGGUCCGCCUCAUUGUCCUGUGAUUGGCUGCCUGGCGGGACUGAGGCCACGCUGAGCCAAUGUCGAGCAAGCAGGAUAGCAACUCAUCAGAGGGAGAGGAGAAAGGGUGGCCAGAUGUGCCGAAGAGAAAGAGUAAGAACAGCCAGUGUUCGGUGAAGAGUAUGUCUGCUCUUAGUGUCUCUGUUCCAGGGUACAUCCCCAGCUACUUGGAGAAGGAUGAGCCGUGUGUGGUGUGCGGGGACAAGGCGACCGGCUACCACUACCGCUGCAUCACCUGUGAGGGUUGCAAGGGUUUCUUCCGCAGGACCAUCCAGAAGAACCUCCACCCCGCUUACUCGUGUAAAUACGAAGGCUGCUGCAUCAUCGACAAGAUCACCCGCAACCAGUGCCAGCUGUGCCGCUUUAAGAAGUGCAUCUCUGUGGGCAUGGCCAUGGACUUGGUGUUGGACGAGUCGAAGCGCGUGGCCAAGCGGCGUCUGAUUGAGGAGAACCGACAGAGGAGGAAGAGGGAGGAGAUGGUGCGGACGCUGCAGACGAGGCCGGAGCCGAACACGGCGGAGUGGGAGCUGAUCCGGAUGGCGACCGAAGCCCACCGGCACACCAAUGCCCAGGGCUCCAGCUGGAAACAGAAGCGCAAGUUCCUGCCGGAUGAUAUCGGCCAGGGUCCGAUGGUGCCCACUUCCGUCGGAGAUAAGGUGGACCUGGAAGCCUUCAGCGAGUUCACCAAGAUCAUGACCCCCGCCAUCACGCGCGUCGUCGACUUUGCCAAGAAAUUGCCCAUGUUCUCAGAGCUGCCUUGUGAAGACCAGAUCAUCUUGCUGAAGGGCUGCUGCAUGGAGAUCAUGUCGCUGCGCGCCGCUGUACGCUACGACCCGGACAGCGAGACGCUGACGCUAAAUGGCGAGAUGGCGGUGAAACGCGAGCAGCUGAAGAACGGCGGGUUGGGCGUGGUGUCGGACGCCAUCUUUGACUUGGGCAAGAGCCUGGCUCAGUUCAACCUGGACGACUCAGAGGUGGCUCUGAUGCAGGCGGUGCUGCUCAUGAGCUCAGACCGUUCAGGGCUGACCAGUGUGGAAAAGAUCGAGCAGUGCCAGGAGGCCUACCUGCUGGCAUUCGAGCACUACAUCAACUACCGCAAGCACAACAUUCCCCACUUCUGGCCCAAGCUUCUGAUGAAGGUGACAGACCUGCGCAUGAUUGGAGCUUGCCACGCCAGCCGCUUCCUCCAUAUGAAGGUGGAGUGUCCCAACGAACUCUUUCCUCCGCUUUUCCUGGAGGUCUUCGAGGACCAGGAAGUGUGACUUAUAGAAGGUGGAGUGUGCCCCCCUCCUAAAAAAACCCUGGACACAGAUGGAAAUAAAUAGGGUGGCUUUGGCGGGGGAAAGGAAGUGUGGGGGAAUGACAAGAGGAGAAAAACAACAUUUUUUUUUUGUUCUUUAGUGGGAAUGUGCCCUGUGUCCUUUUUUUUUGUCAACACCGACAAGACCCCUGCCACCAGCAAACACACGCGGACAUCACCAGUGAGAAACACACUGACAGUCUGAGAGGUACACACACACACAGUUCUAAAUAUUCAGAUGAAUUCCAAACACACUGCCAUGGACGUUCAGUAGAUCUAUAUGCAAAUUUCAGCAAUUAACUCCUCUUGCACCUGUAUGGAGAAACAGCUGUACUCUGCUCCUACACUAAUGCAAACUAAGGGGCUUGGUCACAUCUCUACUCCCCCCACACCCACCCCUUACCUUUAUAAAAAAAUAAAAAUAAUUAAAAUUAAAAAAAAAAAGUAGGGUUUUUCUCUGGGACCUGACCAUUAGCUCCUCAGAUGCGCCACCCACCGCUCCCCUGCCUCCCAUGCAUCUCUUUAACUGCAACGGCGUCCUCCGUCUGCAGGUGCAGCCCACCCCUCAGUCCGCCGAGGCCCUGUGAGUGUUUGUCGACCUACCUCCCUCACGUACCGACCUCUCUGUCUCUCUCUGUCUCACGUACACACAGAGAUGCGUGCGCACACACACACACACACACACACACACGAUGUACGUGCACAGAACAUACCCCUACACUCUUACCUCAUACCUUGUAAAGAUGUAUUUCCUUGUUUAUUGUGUGGGUGGUGAUAGUUUGUUGAGAAAACACGGAGCCAUGCAGUCCUCACCUACCCAUCUACCUGUCUAUUAGCGGUAAGAGAAGUCACAGUGGGAACACUUUGUAUGAAGCCCUGAUCUAUAAUGUGUUCUUUAUAUGCACAUAGCAUGCAUGAUGCAUGCAUGACACAUAGUAAUAAUCCAGUAUGACAGUUGCUUUGUGAAUUUCUGUGUAUUAAACUGCAGUCAAAGAUAUUAUAUGUACGAUUAUAAUGCUCUAAAAGUUCUAAGAUGUUAUGAAUAUCAUAAUCUAUGUAAGUACGCUGGAUAAAGAUUAGGUUACGGCAAUGCUUGUCUGCUACAAGAAAGGGUGUAUUAAUAUUUAGCAGGUUUUUAUUAUUACAUAGCUUGGAAAAUAUGCUUAUAUUAAGCUAAUAUAUUUUGUAUAUAUUGUUGAGCAUUAGAUGAGAAGAUAGAUACUAAUCUCAAACAUAUGAUGCUACAGCCAUACCUUAGCCUGGCUUAGCUUAUUUUAGCUUAGCCUAGCUCUGUCCAAACUGUGAAUGCUACAGUCCUACAGGGGCCAGAAUUUGGUUACCUUUGAACAGAGCUAGGCUAGCUGUUUCCCAGUGUUUUACCAAAUAGGAAUAUUUCCCAAAAAAACACUUUACCAAUUAUUAUUAGAUUAGUUGCCAUCUCAAAAGACAAAUUGUAUCGUCUUUUUACCAGGUUAAAGUUUUGUCUCUGUGUUACUUUGACCAAAUGCCCAUAGAACUAAUGACAUAUUCAUCAGCCCCAGCUGUAUUUAGUGUUGAGUGCUAAUUAGCAAAUGUUAGCAUGCUAAACUAAACUGCUAAACUGAGAUGGUAACCAUAACCAUAACAAACAUUAAUUGCUAAACUCAAUAAGCUACAGCAGCUCUCAUGAGUAUGAGUAUGGUCUAGACCUGCUCUGUAUGGAAAGUGCCAUGCGAUAACUUUUUUUAAUGAAUUGGCGCUAUAUAAAUGAAAUUGAAUUGAACUGAAUGAAUGUGUGUAAAAGCUGAGUUGCUUUACGGUGCUUAUAGCCAGCACAAAGCUUUUUCAAUGAAAGAGCCAGAGCUCUGUAUGCCAGCUAGAGAAGGACAAUGAGAAUGUUAGUGGCUAGCUUGUGAAAAUAGUGCAGUAUUUCGCUGCUAAAGAGCCACUUAUUCACCUCAGGAGGUCUGAAUAUUGGACUUUAGUGAAAUUAUUCAUAACACCUUAUAAUUUUUAGACUUUAGCAUAAAUAGUAUAUAGUAUUGUUAUGAGACAUUGUGAGUAUUUCAUCAUUGUGUGUAUUGUAGCUUUAGGCUACAUAGAAAGUGUUUCCACUACAGUGUCACUUACUGUACUUAAAAAUAGUUUAGAACAUAAUACCUGUAGGUGCAAUAUAUAUAUAUAUAUAUAUAUAUAUAUAUAUAUACACACACACACACACACAUAUUAUGAAUCCACAGUAUAUUGCUACAAUACCUCUCGGACACAUACCUCCUGUUUUCAUUACCUCACACACAAACACACACACCCAUUCAGUUGUUCUUUAUGUAUUACCUCAGUUGUUUGGUUGUUCAUCUCUUCCUCCUCCCAAAUAACUUCUGGGCUGCACCACCACACUUCCUGUCUCCACGUGCGUAUGAGAAUGCAUCUUCUCAUUGGAGCCCUGCCCUAUUAAUCACAUCGUAGCCCCGCCUCCUCACCUCCCCGCUGUCUUGUGAUAGGUUCAACGCUGGCAGAUGGUGGUGGUGGGAGGAGAUGUUGUCACUUACCUCUUACCCCCUCCCCCCGGUUACCUGUUUCAAGUCCAGCCUGAAACCAACAGAUUCUACCUCACCUCUCAUCUCAGUGCAGCUCCCUCUCUGUCUGCAACACACUGACAUGCAUGCACACAUAUAUAUAAAUAUUUAGUAUAUAUGUACACACCUUGCACAAAGGAGUUGCCAGCAUGCCAGGAGUGUGCUGCUCCACCGGCAGUCUUUUAAACAGGCCAUGGAUCAACAUUUCAUAUGGCAGACCCCUUUUUUCUGUUUUUAUCACACACCACAUGAGGACCAACAGUCACUUUGGAUUUUGAUUUAGGAACCUGAAAAUGACGAGGGCAGGGGUGAAUUUGUGACAUUACAGUGUGCCGACUGAACUCAAAGGAAGCUGUCAGAGGAUGACGACAGCUGGAAGCUGGGACUCCAGUGGAAGCCAUUUUGGCCUGAUUGGGGGUCAGGCCAACAGACUUUGAUGUGGGUGGUGACUGGACUGGGAGGUAAAUAAACAGCAAGUGAGCCAGCAGUAUUCGCCUGUGGAUAUUCAUCCCUGGCUGAUGGGAGGGAAGCGACGACUGAGCAACUGUACGGGCAGCGAUGUGACUCAGGCCAGGCCGAUUGCAGACCACCAACACGACAAUGGACCAUUGUUCUCGCACCUACAGCGCACCUCCCGAUCCUUCCCUCGCCAUCGCGGUAGAAAUGGACGCUAAGCCAUUCAAAAGACUUUCUAAACGGCUGUCCUAUCCCAGAAACUUACACUAUGAAUUAAACACUGCUGAAAUAAGCUCCACCAACCAUAUCCCAAAUUGCCAUCCACUACAAGUAACUAUCAGGUUUUUUUCUGUUGCACUAAAACCACAAUGUCUGUAUCCCUUAGUAGCCCUGAACCUCUCCCUUCAUCUCCUCCCCCCACACCUUUCCUCCUCCUGCCUGUCUUUAGCUGUCUUAACAAUAUUAUCACACACUCAUAAACACACACACACAGAGUCCAUUUUCUCAUCUCUUUAUUACCUGUUGAAACCAACGAGGACUGUGACAUGGCCUUUAGGCGCCGCCACUCUCAGUGUUACUAAUCUAUGUUGCAGGGUAUUAAAAUAGAACCGUAAUCGCUGAUUAUACAGGGAUAUACACACACACGCACACACACGCACACACACACAGAUAGCAGCAGAAGCAGCAGCACACACAGCAAUAGGAUGAUCAAGCAGUACAGUUUCACACCCGCCAUCUCCAGGUCUUUGUGUGUUCGUACCGUACUUUGCUCACUAUCACUGUGAAUGAAAGCCAUGCUGCAAACCGAGUCACGGCUCAGACAGGGAACUGCUGGCUUAGUAAUUAUGACAUGUUAAUGUGCCUCACAGAGGUCGGUAAUACAAGUAUACAGUAUACAGAAGCUUAUAUUUAUGGAUAUAUAUAUACGUGUAUAAAUAUAUAUAAAUGUUACAGUUAUUGUAUGUGGCAUUCAAGCUAUCAGCUGAUUAUGCUGCCAGCUCAAAUCAGAUCAUGAAUUCUGUCUGAGCAAUCAUGUAGCAGAGGAAGUCAGGACUCGGUUUACUGCGUCAUGAUGCUUGAUCACCAACUAACCUUCAUAGUUUAUUCACCUGUUGCAUACCUCUAAAUCACUUCAUAUAGCACAGGAAGGACCUUAAGCAGAAAUACAUCUCUAUUCCUACUUUGGGAUUUUGUUCAGGUUUAGAUUUGAGCUGGCAGCACAGCUUCUCUCUCUUCUCUCUCUUUCUCUCUCUUACUCUCUGCCAAACUGUCACUGGAGAAAUCCUCCCCCCACACCAGCACCACAGAGCACACUGCCUUCAGCCAUGAUCAGAUGCACCAGCACAGCAGAGAGACAGACCAAUAAGUCAGUGACCAUCCUCCUCACCAAAAAGCCAUUCUAACUGGACACAUGACCCCUACCUAUAAUAACACUUUGUUCAGAUGGCCAGCAAAUCCAAUUUAAAUCUGAUCUGCUAACAGUGUCAUUUUUAAUUGACCCGGCUGCAUUUAGGUUUGGACAGCAUGUUCACUGGCUGCCCACAUGACCUCGGUUGUCAUGGCGGCAGAGAACAUGUUUUCCGCAUGACGAGCAACUCAAGAUGCUGCAACAAACCAUGACACAGAGUGCUUAUUCUGACUUUUAUGGCUUCAUUACAUCCUCGCAGUGCAUUCACGAGAAAAGGCAUGAAUCCUUCUUUUCUUUAAAAUUGUGUCUAAAUUCUAAACUAGAAACAUCGGUUGGCUCCGCGUGUUUGAACAUGGUUAGGGUCGUGCUACACGAGGCAGUUUUGCAGACAAAUCUGAAUGGAACUGCCUCUCGUUAUAAGAGCCAGAGUCAAACAUUUCCUUAGACAGCACUGUUUGAGGGAAGCAGCAAUGUUGUGGCUGAUUAGAGUUGCCACAAAAGUUGCACUGUGUACCUGUACACCCUGUUAUUUUCUACACUUCCUCACCAAAAUAAAGCUGAAGUCUCUUCUGCACAGUGACCACACAAUUGUGUUUUUUCUUCUUCUCUGUCUCUUAGACUAAAGUUAGGGUUAUGUUCGUUUACAGUCAACUAAAAUGUGAACUCUGUCGCUGCAGCAUGGCACAAAACCAACCACUCUGAAGCAGUUCAACUCAUUUUUCAAAAAUCAACUACUUCUACUACUUUUAUUACUUACCCAGGGAAAACAUCUGUAAGUCACUAACAUCUUUUCUCUCUUCCUAACAUGUCUUUUCCCAUCCUUCCAUGUCCAUUCCCCAACGUCUCCAUUCUAGUUCGUGUUUUUUUUAAAUCUUGGGAAUUUACAUCCUCAUCCCUUCGCCCUCCCUUUCCUCUAUUUAUUUCACUUCACACACAUACUCACAAAAACCUACCACGACUCAUACAAGCACUCUUUGGUGGAGAAAGACGACAAUCCCUGCAGGAAUAUGUCCAUAUGUGGAAUGUAAAAUACUGAAAUUGUACGAUUAAAGAAACGGUGUGAAGUCCCACACUCAUGUUGUUUUCGAUGUUGUUGAUGUUGCUUUUGUUGUGCACCAAGUGUUUGUCGUUAUGCUUAUUCUAGGGUGGAUGAGUUUGCAGGCGGGGUUAAAACCUUGAUCGUGUGACAGACUGCUACUGAUAAGUCCUUUUUUUAAAAAUAUAGUAUGUUUAUUGAAGACUGGUGGUGUAGGGACUGCAAAACCCUGAGUGAUGUAAAGCAAGAGAUGAAGUGACUUUAUUUUGGAUAGAGCAAAAAGAAAAAAAAGCUGGGGUUUUUUUUAUGAUUAUUCUUUUAUGUCGUUAUUACUUUACAUUUUAUUUUCUUGGUAAGUGAAUGUCUGUCUACCUGUGUUGAUGCUUUACUGUGAGAAAACGGCUGUGUAUGCACUGUCAGACCAUCGCUAGUGCAAUAGCUAAUGCUCAAACGUCACCCAAGGGCCAGGGUUGGAAUCACCUUCAGUUUAGCUGAUUGAAAAAAGCACCAUGCUAUUCUAUUUCUAGUAGAUGUAAUCAGAUUUUGCAUUUUAACUUUUAAGUUGCCUUAUUCCAGUGUUACGCUGUAGUCUGCGAUGAACUAAUAACACUAUAAAAUAUUUUUUGCCCAUUGGUCACAUGACAUUAUCUGAAAAGUUGGUAACAUUGCUAGCUCUGCAGUGUGUAUGCUAGCACUCAAAUAUACGGUGACUUGUUACUCCAAGUAUCACUUUUUAGUGACACAUACAUGGCUUGGUUUAGAUUUUUCAGAAAUGAUUUAAAACAGAAUCAAGUUUUGACGCACACAAAUUUGUUUUUCACGCCUUUUUUGUCAGUUUGUCAGUUACCACCACCCAUAUUGGGCUGAGACACUGGAAACAUGACCUAGUAAUACUCCCUUUUGAGCUUUUAAAUCCUCUUAAUGGAGCAAUGGUAAUCAUCAUUUUUCUGUAACACAGAAAAAUCAGCCAUAGAAGCCACAGCUAACUAGCUGCUGUAAUAUCUUGAUCUUCACUAUCAUUGCUUUUAUUAUAUGAUAAAGCUGAAACUGAAUGUUUUCUCACGUAUUUGCUCCCACAUUUCUACAAAUGAGGCCUUCAAGUGAAGGUGUUUAAAGUCUAAAGGACAAUUGGCUGGUUGUGUCCUGUUAGUGAACAACUAGCCACAGGGUUGUUUUUUUUCUACUGUGUCUACUAUAAGUCACCUAUAAGACAAGUCCCAAACUCUUAGCAUGCACAUUGCUUAGCUCUGAAACUUGUUUGAUGACUGUUCCCACUUUCAUAUUGGCUUCAGUGGACCAAUUGUCCAAAGCCCAAGAAGAGGAGGUCGAUUUCCUCACAAUAAACUCAAGGUGAUAUCACAUUUGAAGUACAGUUUCACUUAAUACUUGUACAGUUAAUAUGUGUUUGUUUUAUUGGUGUGGGGAUGGACAUUUUGUUUCAUUUCUUGCUUAAACAGCAAUACAUUGUGAGAACAGUGUCAGUAAAUAUCUGUACAAUCAAUACAUUUGUUUUUCUUAGGGAUUGUAUGAAAAUUAUUGAUGUGUGAACAGGUGUUGAACGUUGUUUCAUGUUUCAUUUCUUGCCUAACUCACUACAACACAUUUUGAGAACGUCACUAAAUACUUUUACAGAUUUGUUUAAUCUUUUAAUCACCCCCAACAAUUUUCAUACAGUCCCU